CGGGUGUUGAAUCACGUGAGUAUGGGAUGUGUCUUGUCGUCUGUUGAGGAGAACUUGUAUUAAGUUAGUGCACUGCAGUGUAAACCUAAUUAGUGUUAUUUUUAAACUGAAUAAAACAAGGGAUGAGAAUGGAAUUUUUGAAGUGAGUUUUGCAGAUAUAAACAAUGUUUGGUAAAAAGCAACAUGUCGAUGUUAAAAAAUCGUCCUUGAAACUGUUGGAUUCCAAAAAGGACACAAUUAGUCGCUUAAAACAUCUCCGGGUUGUCCUUGAUAACUUGGAAGUGUCUGAAUUGAAGUCUUUCUUUGAGAACAGUUAUAGCCAUAUCUACUACACGUUUUAUGAUGUAUUCAUAUCAGUAGAGGGAAGUCUCAAACAGAGAGUUCACAAGGCUCAUCGUGAAGAAUUGGAAUCAGUCCGCUUUGUCUUUGAGAAAAUCCUACUUCUGCUUCCUGAACUAUUGCAUAAGAAAUGGCAAUAUCACAGUAUCAAACGCAUUUUAAAAAAGAUGCUUCAUCAUGGAAAUUCUACAAAGUUACGUGUGGAAGGCGUGAGAAUGUUUCUUCUGUGGUAUCAAAUUCUUGAAGAAGAUAGUUCAGAAGAUGAAGAUGCAAUGUUUAGUUCCAUUGUUCCUGGUAUCAUUCCUGGUACCCCAAACCCAUAUUUGUCACCUAACAUUCAUAACAGACGUGGUAUUUCAGCUACUGUUGAAAACUAUCCUGAUUAUUCCACUUUUUACACUCAUACUGCCACUGAAGCUGAUUCUGGUCCUGUUUGUCCAAUAGAUGUUUCUCCACUGUUACCUCCCCAGACAGGGGAUCAGCCCAUUGAAGAUCCUACAAAAUUGUUUCUAGAAUGUUUAUUAGAUGGAAUGGUGACCCAGGUGGUGAAAAUUGAGUGGAAAGAAAAAACCAAGAUGAAACAGCAGAGAUGCUUUAAUUUUCUCUUUGAAAAGUUUAAAAAAUACUACCUUCCUCAUAUCUUUCCAAAGUUUUCCUGGGAUGCAAGCAUUUACAAACCCAAAUUAGAACUCCCAGAAUUAAGGCAGGAACAAGGUAACCAAACACUUAACCCUUCUGAUACCUUAGCUCAGUGCCAAGCAGUGAUGGUUCGAUGGGUAGCAAACUAUACCCACUACAUAAAAAAGAAUGAUUCUUCAAGCACUUUAACUUUUCGGGACCAGAGGGCAGAUUUGAGAGAUGGUGUUGGUGAUAAAAAAGUUACUUUAUUGACAACUGAGAGAGAUACUAGCUCAGCCAUAAGCUUAAUGUCAGGACAAUUGUCUGAAAAAGAAUCUAACACUACUAUAGGUGCAGAUGAUCUUUCUUUGGAGUAUAAUAUUGUUCAGAGUACACUUUACAGUAGCCGAGAAAAUGUGAAUCUUGUCCAUGAAAUUUUCCGACAGGCCUUUCAUUUUCAUUUCCAUUUUGCUCCGGCAAUGAGGAGAGUUGUUGCUGCUUAUAAAGAUUGGAUUAAUUCAGAUGUGUCAGAGCAGCCAGUAUUUAUGCAAUGUCCUCCUGAACUAGAAGUCUGCACAAAAGAAGAAGCUCAGGGGCUUAAGAAAAUGUGGUCAGGAUCAAGUACCUCCUCACAAGGAAGUACUUAUACAGAGACUGUAGAUAGCUCUGUAACAUCAGGGAGCAAUGUAACUAGUAUUGGAAGGCUUAGAAAUGAUUCAUAUCUACGUGCAGUUCGCUGUGAUCAAAUUGUCAAGGCUGGUCUACAGAAUGUGCUUCAGGUUUUUAUUACAAAUGCUGCCAAUGUUUUUCUCUUGGAGGUGACUGCCACUAAAGAAAAUUACUUAGAGGAACAGGUAGACAUGUGUAAAAGAGUGCUGAACAUAUACCGUUAUAUGGUAAUGAACUUAAGUAUGGAAAGAAAAACAUGGGAACAGCUCUUGUUAACGUUGCUUCAGAUUACAUCUUCUGUCUUGAAAGAAACCCUUCCAGUAAAGAAAGAAGACACUUUGGGUGGCAGGCUUGCUCCUGCUCUUUUUCAGACUCUGAUAGUGACCUGGAUUAAAGCUAGUCUUCAAGUAGUAAUCUCCACCGAACUCUGGGACCAGUAUCUUCACGUCCUGUCAAACCUUACCCAGUGGGAGGAAUUGAUCAGGGAAUGGGCUAAAACAAUGGAAACAGUCACAAGAGUAAUGGCUCGAAUUGUGUAUGGUUUAGACUUAAAUGAUUUACCUCUACAAAGGUUAACUGAGCAGAAGCAGAAGAAGAGAAAAGGUACUAAAACUCCCCACACAGCUGCAAUUGAAAAUAAAACUAGCACUGAAGUUGUAAAAUCUUCAGUAGCUCAGUCAGAAAAAAAAUUAACAUCAGAUGCUUCGGAACAACAUGAAGAAUUUAGUCGAGAUUAUACAUCAUCUAGGGAACAACAUGAUAUUGACCUGUCAAUUAAAUGUCGAAGUGCCUCACCUACGCGUAUGGGACGUAGUGUUAGUGAUAGUCAUCUUUUAAAAAAAAAAGCUGGUCGUUUCAGAAGACUUCCUCGAAAAUCAUCAGUUACAGAUGACCAAAAAACAUCAAUUUUAUCAGCAAUAUCUCCAAAUCUAAUGACUGAAGAGAUAGACAGGGUUCUGGCACCAGCUGAAGAGUAUAUCCGCUACCAGGAAUUGCAUACACAUUAUACUUCAAGAUUUUAUAUGGAAAAGUGCAAGUCACUGGACUUUUUACCUCACAGGUCUGAUUCUCCAGGCUUCUCAGAAAUAUCAGAUUUCCACAGUUGUUCACCAUCACCAACACCAUCUAGUGGACUAGAAAGCACUAGUAUUAAAGAUUCACCUAUGCAGAUUGAUGUAAUUGUAUCAGCAGCAGAAGUCUCCUGUAACAAUCAAGGCCUUUCUGAGAAAAAAAAGAAAGAGCUUGGUGCUGCAGUUGGUCCAGAUGUUCGAAGUGUGAUGGCAGGAGGAACAAAAACAGGAUGGCUUCCUGAUGUAGCAGUUGUCUUAUGGAAGCGGAUGUUGGGUGCCUUAGGAAAUAUUAAUCAAAUCAAAGAUCCUGCUAUUCAUGCUCAAGUUCUUGAUUACCUUAUUCAACUGUCAGAUACUUUAAUUAAAAUAAGAGAUAAUCUUGGUGUGACAGCUGACAAUCAGUCUAGCCCUCCUCCUGCUGAAUUGGUCCCUCCUUUACACUUAAUAAUUCCAUGGUUAUUUGAGACUAUUCAUCUCCCAGAGCAAUAUCAUCAAGGAAGGUUGCUUGCUUAUCGACUGUUAUGUACUUUAACAGUGCGAAGGCAUGACUUGCCAUUACCACAAGAUUAUUUAGUGAAAUUUUACCAAACCUUGCAUCAGGGGUUAAUAUCGACAGAACAGGAUGUUAUCAACACAAUAGUGAAGUACACAGGACCAAAAUUAUUUUCUAUUGGGCUUCCAGGCUGUACCCUACUUUUCAUGGAUUUCAUCCAUGCUUGCAACACAAUAGUUUCCUCUACAGAAUUAAAAGAGGUACCUAGAACAGAAGCUGUAUCUGUCCUAGCUUCUCUUCUCUGCUUCCCUAACUUGUACUCCGAGAUUCCUACUUUGCAGUCCAGUUCCACAGAUAUGAAUAUCUGGAACAGCAAAGAUGCAAAAGAUCACGUCCUUAGUUUUUUAAUAAAAGCUGGGAAAAGGGAGCCUGCUGCCCUGGCAAGGUGUGUAGCAAUAAGUGCUCUUGGAAUCUUUUUGUAUGAGGAACUCAUGCAUAAAACCAACCAUUCUCGUCUUAAAGAAGCCAUUCACACACUUCUUUCUGCAUUAAGACCUUCUACAACUUCAGCUAGAGAUAACCACUCUAAGCAUCACAAGUUCAACAACAAGACAGUGGCUCAAGUAGCUUCAGACAUGUUGUUACUGGUGUGUGAUCAUGCUGUGAGCCUUCAGCAAUAUCAUCCAGACAUUCCACAAAAAAUCAUUGAGGUUAUAGCAUCUACUUUGUCUAGUCUCCUCCCAUCAGCAGAUGCCUCUCCACCAGAAGAAGAUAAAAAUCUUAUUUUGUCUCUGAUUUUCUGUUUGGCUGAAUGGUGUAUGAAACUGCCAUUGGCUUAUCUGUUACACACCUACAAUGGGGAACAAAGUAUCCUUCUGACUGUAUUCAAGGUUUUGAAUAUGGCAGUAUCAGGAAAGGAUAGUGAAAAUUUUGCUCCGUCCGCAAGCAGUCUGCUAACUCAUGCUGGGUCUGAUGUAGAUCUUAACAUUCAUCUUGAUAAUCUAAAAGAAGGGUCUAGUCCAGCAGGCUCCGGCUCCCCUAACUCUCUAUCUGUUUCCAACAGUCCUGAAAAAUCAGGUUUAGGGAAGACAAGUUCUUUUCUACGUGCCUCUAGUCUUCAGCUGGCUCAGAAUCAACGCAAAAAUGUGAUUAAGCUUGCAGCUAGAAAGGUAAUGGCACACCUUGUGAACCAUGUAGGUCAUUUUCCCAUGGGACUUGGAGCAGCCAGUAUGACAAGCCUUGUAAAUGAACAUGAUGACAUUCCCUUCUUGACUGGAGAUGAGCUUUCUACUGAGGUCUUUCAUGCACCAAACAUACAGUUUUUUGUUCUGAAUAACUGUUCCAUUGUCUCUCUUGUUGAGCUUCCCAUGUCUAAUGGUCAGGGAGAGGAAAGAACGUCACAACUUACCUGUAGUAAAUCUCAAGUGCGAGUGAUAGUGAGAGAUUUGUGUGGCAAAUUUUGUUGGGAUUGUUCCUUGAUGUAUGGGCCUGCAGACUGUGGUGCUGGUUCCUAUCCCCCAGAGCCAGUCUCAGGAAGUUCAAGCCAGUUUUUACUACCAGCCUCAUAUAGUGUUUCCUCUUCAUCUUCAAUGUUCUCUUCUACCCAGAGCCUGUCAGGAACAGGCAGUUCUCCUAGAUCCUUCACUCUUCGACACCGAUCUCCAGAUAAGCUUCCAACAGUGGAGGACAGUGCUGAUGACCUGGAUAACUUGGAUGAUUUACUUCAGUUCAUUGGCCAUACUAGCUCUGAAUGUGUUCUUCAUCCUGAGCAACCUUUAAAUGCACCACCAGCAACCAUGGAUGAAUCAUGUUUUGAGAGAGAAACACAUACUAUGAACCUAAUACUGAACCAAAGAAAUUAUGAACUAAAUCAUCAGCAGAAACAUGCUUCAGAUAAGGGUAUGGUAGGAAGGAAGGUUCAUCCUCCAGAUAUAUGUGAUCCUCAGUCUCCUUUUCAACAUUGUCGCUUACUGUUAGAUCAACUGGGGUUUACUUCUUGGGAGAAGAGACCUACAUUUGACUUGCUGAAAAAGAAUGAGAAGCUGUUGAGAGAGUUACGUAACUUAGACAAUCAGAAGUGCCGUGAAACUCAUAAGAUUGCAGUCAUAUAUGUAGCUGAGGGUCAAGAAGAUAAGAAUUCAAUACUUAGGAACCAGGGAGGAAGUCAGGCAUUUGAGGAAUUUGUGGCUGGGUUAGGAUGGGAGGUAGAGCUAGAGACUCAUACAGGAUUUACUGGAGGAUUACAGAAGAACAAGAGUACUGGAGAUACAGCUCCUUAUUAUGCAACCUCUUUCAUGGAGGUCAUAUUUCAUGUCUCCACCCGCAUGAGUACAUCCUUAGAGGGAGAUUCCAUUACUAAAAAGCUGCGACAUCUUGGAAAUGAUGAAGUCCAUAUUGUGUGGUCAGAACACACUAGGGAUUACCGAAGAGGUAUCAUUGCUACUGAAUUUUGUGAUGUUCUGAUUGUCAUCUAUCCUUUACAUAACCAAUUAUACAGGAUACAAAUCUCCCGUAAACCAGAGGUGCCACACUUUGGACCACUUUACAGUGGUGCUAUAAUUGACCAUAAGGUAUUACCAGGCUUGGUGAGGUCAACAGCCAUCAAUGCCAGUCGUUCAAAACGGUCCCUCAUUCCUUUAUACCAAAACUUUUAUGAAGAAAGAGCUAGAUCUUUAGAAACAGUUGUUCAGAACCACAAGGAAUUAUCUACUUUUGAAUACUUUGCUGCUGCAACGUACUCUCCAGCUCCUCCUAGACAAAUACAGCCUCCUAGAAAUACAGGUACUGUUGUUCACAGUGGGAAUGCUAACCUGUCUGUCCACACUAACCUAGCAGCAGCUUUGCUAGACUCUCAUGGAGCAGGCAGUAGCUCCAACUCUGCUUAUCGUACCAGGCCUCUCAGCUUUUCAACUGGGGAAAACCUGUCCCCUCGUUCCUCACCUCAACCCUUUCUCAGGAUGUACAAAGAGAGACCUCUUUCAGCUUCUCAGAGCCAUACCUCUUCCCCCCUAUCUCAUCAUGGACAGUGAUAUUAAUGUGGUUUCAGUAUGAAUGGAUCCUGUGUGUUGUCAAUAAUUCUAGCUUUUAAGAGAGGAGAGGUUUCAUAUACAAAUUAAUAAGUAUCUUGAAGUAAUGUUAGAGUGGAUUUUGAAUAUCUUGUAGAAGGUUGGAUUGGGGCCAUGAAAUUAAUUGGAAGUGAUUUUUAUGCUGUUCUAGACAAGUGUGUUUGAUAUGUAUAGUUAGUAUUAAGUUUAGCUUAGAAUAACUUUCCAAGGAACAGGGAGUUUAACUUCUUGAUAAUUGUACAGAUCAGAAUGUCUUGCUGUAAAUAUGCUUCACAUAUGCUUAAACAACCAAUGACUUAUUUAAUCUGAUUGUAGAAACUAAUGCUUGUAUAGAAAAAUAUUACUUGUACUUAAAACAUAAUCUGUGAAUAGUUAUACACAAAGUUUAUACAAAUUGAUGAGUAAUUUGUAUAUAGAAUUGUUGAUAAUAUAAGGGAUCAUUGAAAAUUUGCACCUCUUGUUUUUAAUUUUCAAUAUUAAUACCUUAUUUUAACUUACAUAAUAACUAUCCUGUUGUUUUUUUUCUGUUUUUAUUUCGAAAUAAAAAUUACUGGCAAUACAGCUGCCCAUUAAAACAUGAAAUAAUAUGUGUGUUUGUGAAAGAUUGACUUUUCAUGUAAAUACCAUAUAAGCAAAAUCACACAUUUUGCAAAAUUGUUGAUCUUUUGAUUUGAUACAUUUGUUUUGUGUAAGUCUAUGUACGUCUUUAUAAUGUGCUGUGGGAAUGAAUGACUGAUAUUUUAGGACAAAGUAUUUUUCCCUCAGUUUAGAAUACUACAAAAACAGAACCUAAGAAUAAUCUUGAAAAAGGAUAGUGUAUAGAACAUUCUAACACUUAAAAUCUGAAGGAAAGCUGUUAAUAAUUACAGUGAAAUGAUAUGCAAUAGUCUUGUUCUUGAAAGACAAAAAAUAUUCAUUUUGAAACAUUUUACUUUUGUUUUAAAAUGCAAACAUAUUUCAUUAUUUAAAGUAAUUGAAAUAGAUUGCUAGUUGAACAUUAACUUUCGAAUCAAGAAACUAAAAAAAAUCAUUAUAUUAGAUAACAGCUAAAAGAUGAAAAAAAAUGGUGAGAUGUCUUGCUUAAAUUAUUUCUAUCUUUUUAAGUCAAUUUUUGGAUUCUCCAAAAGAAUCUGAUCAUUCUUAUAGUUUCUGAUAAGUAUUUAGCUGUUGUGGCUCAGAUUUAUAAAACUUUGGAAUGUUAUUUUGUUCUUAUUGUUGAAAGCUAUAUCUUCCAGCCUGUUAGGUUAAGUGUAUUAGAUCAAAUGUAUAGUAAAAUGAUCACUUGAAAAUUGACAUUUUUGUUAUUCAGUGCACUUUUAAACAGUGGCAGCUGAAAUUGAAAUAUGUCAGCUUUCUAUCUCAGUACCAGUGUAGAGAAAUUAUUAACCAGUGCAAGUAUGUAAUGAAGUUGGCCUCAUUGUUGGAAUUGAAUUGGUUAUUGAUCCCUACAGAUGAGAAUUAAGUGUUAGUUUUUCUAACUUCUAGUAUGUCUUUCAUUAUAGAUUAUAGAAUAUCACCUGAAAGUAUUUUGCUCUAUUUUUCACUAAAAUUUUAUUAAAGAAAUACUUGAAGCAUACUUGUGACUUUGUCGAGCCUUUGGUAAAGCAACUUAAUGAGUUAAAGUCAAAAAGGAUGUUGUUUUUAAAUUGAUUGGGUUUAUUAAAAGGAAAGCCAUUAAUUUCAGUGGACCAAUAAUAUUAACACAAUAUAGCUAUGCUUCAUACCUUUAAAACUGACUUAGCUACAGAAGGGACUUUGGUAUAUAACAUUUUGGAUUCUGACUACAACUUACUAACAACACAGAAAAAACUUUGUUCAGUAUCGAACUUCUCUCACGUUAUUACAACAAUUUAACCAUCUUUAUUUUCUGUCACUUUUGUACUUCACUUUUAUUAUUUUUCACCCUGAAACUUGUAAGAGAUUGCAAAUAUGUAUGGUAUUUAAAAAGAAUCUGAUUUACUGCACUGGUUUAUUUUUCAAAAUUGAUGUAUAUAGUGUUUUCAGACACAGGAUUUCUAUUGUUGUAACUUCUGAAUUAUUUCAUUAGAGUAUAACAAAUUGGGUUGGUUUCAGAAUCUUUAUAAGUGGUGUAAAGAAUAGGUAUUAAAACAUAAUCAUUUAUUAUUAAAUAUAAACACAGUGCAUACUCAGAAAAUUGUUCCCAAGCUUUCAUUUUGAUAAUCAGUAUAUUUUGAAGUUAUGAACAUGACUUAUUUUUUGAUUCUAUAAACAGUGAAUAAUAUUAAACAUAUAUAAGACUUGUACUCUGUAUUUUUUUUAAACCAAAUACUACAAAAGAAAAAAAAACGCUUCUAAUUACGGCUUCAUAAAAUUCUGUUAAAAAAUUAUAAGGUUUAUAUUAUUGUAGCAUGUGAUAUACUAUCUAGAUAUUUUUUGUGUUUUACUCUUCUUUUGGGUUUUUCCAGAGUAAAAAAUAAAUGUAUUCCAGCAGCUGAUGUUCAUGGCUAGAAUGUACAGAUAUUUACAUUGCUUGCCAUUAUGUUAACAUUAUCUCAAGAAUUAACAAAAACAAUGUUGUGUUUCCACAUAAGGUAUAAGUAUUAACUAGUUUGUUCAAAUGCUUGGUUAGAAAUAGUUUGAGUAUGUAAAUCCACAUAAAUUGAUGUUAUCUAGUAGUUCAUCAGUACACUUGCGAACUUACAAUGCUAAAAUCCAGGACUUGAGUUCCGACACUGGACAAAGUACAGCUAGCCUGUUGGUGUGGCUUUGUGCUAAAACAAAACAAAUAUCAAUUGAGAAACAAAAUAUAUAUAUCCCAUAAAAUAAAUGUUUGUAGUUAACCUUAACUAUGCACAAUACUGCUAUAUUGUUCAGAAAGCUAGUACUAAUAUGUGACCACUGACAUGCAUAUAUUAGUUAUCUCCUUAUGUAUUUUGGAAUAUAAAAUUUACAUUUGCAAAGUAAGAUAAUGCCAUUUUCACUGUAUUAUAGCUACUGUUAAUGUUUAAUGUGAACAAGCAACAAUACUAAUGAAAUCAGUUGGUAUAUUAUUCAAUACAGAUCGCUUUAUGUAGAAUUUGGAGUUAAAUGGGUUUUGUUUUAAUUAUUUUUUGGGAAUGGAAGGAUAUUAAUGUUAAUAUUAGUAUAUAUAUUUAUUUUAACAAAAUUUCAUUCAAAUUUGUAAGAAUUACCCGUGGAUGAUUUGAGACUAAAAAUUGAUUUUUAACAAUAACUCAUCUAAUUACUUCUAUAAAACUGGACUUGGAGGUUUAACAGAACAAAACUUUUUUUUUCCCUGCUUUAGAAGAAACUAUAGUACAAAAUUGAGUUCUGUUUAUGCAAAUGUAUUUUGAAUUUAAUCUGUGUGGCUCAUUAUUUUCUGUUUGGAUUUUGAAAAUAUGCAUUUAGGAGAUCAAAUGUGUAUAGCUAUGUGUGUGUGUAAAUUGUUUAGGCUCAUAUUCUACAAUUAUAGAAAAGGGUUUUUGGUUUCAGUGGAGUGUAUGUAAGUUCCGUCUGUCGAGUAUUUCUGAUUGGUGUAUUUGGUCUAAUACGUAUUAACUUGUGAUAAUGCUCUACUAGGUUCGUUUCUUGUAAUUCAGGGUAAUUGGUUUUAUCUGUAAACCUUGUUAAUUCCCAGUUACCAUAUUUUUUUUCUGUUUUUUUUUUUUUAGUAAUUGGUUUAAACAUUUAUUUUGUUUUCACAGCAACGUAAAAGUUACAAAUUCAUUGCUGUAUUUUACAGCAACAAGAUAAAAGAUAAUGAGAGAUGUUGAUUGUCUCUAGGUUUACUUAAUGUUGUACUUUUGGCUACCCCUCUGAAUUUGAUAAAAUUGUUUACUGGGUAUUUCUUAGGCUUGUGUAAAUGGUUUGGUUACUGUCUGUAUUGCUAUUUAUUACAUAGACUCACAGAACUGAAACAACUAUAUCGGACGUUGUCUAAAUUUGCAACAAGUUAGAGGUAGAUAGGUUUUGAAUUUGGAUGUUGUUAAAUGGUAAAACUUUUAUUUGUUUAAUAGGCAGUAUUUUCAUAAACAGCAAUGAAUGAUGCAAAAUGAGAGUGCUUAGUGAUUUACCAUGACAGACAGAUAUUUUAACUAUUGUUCUGUAACUUUACGUGAAGUUUUGUUAAUGUGUUAACGUUAUAUCAGAAUGCACAUGUCACGAAUUUAAAAAUUUACAGGUAAGGUUUCACUAUUUGAAAACAAAUUAUGUAUGGGUUGUGGGUGUGAUAUCCGAAAGUGCUGUUGCACACUUUUAAAGGUAACUUUUUUGGAAUAGGUGAUGUUUUAUAACGUGAUUAAAUUUAAUAAAACAAUGCAUCGUAACUUACUUUCGAACUUAUAGUUAGGACUAGACCUGUAAAAAAAGUAAGUCUUGGAGAUACAAAUGGUGGUUACGUUUUUUCACAGUUCACAUUUUUCUGUAUGUAUCUUCGUUGCAGAUAUAGUGUUGAUUAGAAAAAAUAACUUGUAUCGGCUAUAGAGCUUAUGGUUUUAUGUGUAAAUUUUUGAUAGGCUUAUAUAUUAUUCGUACUUAACGAGCUUUUCGUAUUGUGUUUUGGCUGAUUUUUGUUAACAGAAUGUACUUUGUUUUGUCUUCUCACUGUAAACCAGUAUAAACACGGAUUUGACUGUAUAUGAAGUUGGUUUUCUUCUAAUUAAAGGAUGUUGAAUAAAUUUACUAAGAAAUCAGAUAAA